AUGGGCAGACUGGCACUGCAGCGGCCCCAACGCUGGACUGGAAGACUGGGAAGCGUGGAGCGAUAUCUUCCCCCCAUCCCGCACAUCGCUCGACCAGACUUGGCCUCCUUACUUGCGGUCCCUUUCUGUCCAAACUGUUGCCUGUCGUGGUUGCCGGGAUAUCUUCUUUCGGCGUUUGUGGAGUCGGCGCUGAGGGAACGAGAGGUCUCAAAUUUUCCAGUUGAACAGCUAACCCCCAACCCCGAGGACUUCCACACCCAACCUCUCAUAUCCCCCUCUUUGCUUCUUCGACACAAGAACUCCUUCUUCUCCUUCUUCUCACUCUUCUACUCCUCUCUCCCUCCUGCUCCUCCUCCUCAACAUACUCCAGUGGAAUCCUGUGGACAACUCCUUUUGUAUCUACUAUUCACCCGCUGUGCUAGUGACAGGACCCAACCCAACCCCCAUCCCUCUUUCGACUACAGUGUGGAAUAA